GUUUUCUGUAUAAAUUCAGACGGAGUCCACCCCAAUCACAGACAGCUGCUCACCUCUACAGCCCGCAGAAGAUAAUGCUGGAGAUCUAGAGAUUGAUCCACCAUGAAGACUACUUGGACACACAUUGGUCUCUGGACGCUUGUGCUUCUGCUGACCGCUCCACGUGUGGACAGUACAGGAGGAGAUGAAGAUGUACCUGAGGAAUUCAAGUACCUGGAAAAGCAGAGAUCUGGUGCUGGCUGGAGCCAGAAUGAUAUAAGCUUUGGAAACCAGAACUUACAGUCAUGGAAAGAGGCGUCACAGCAAAAAGAUAAUGAGAGACUGAAGCAGGUAGCUUUCACUGUCGGGGAAAAAGUGAAUAAAGAGACAAAGGAACUGGCAGAAAUGGACGCUAUAGACCAUGACAUGAUACUCCAGCUUGGAUCAGAUGAGACGGUCCAAAACGCUGCUGAAGCCUUGGUCAACAAGGAGACAACCGGGGAUCGUUCAAAAAGUUUGCUGCAGUGGGAUGAGCAAUUGGGACAAUUCCAACUCUUAAAGUUGAUAGGAAACAAUGCCAUUGAGAUAACAAAAAAUACCAAGUUCACUGUGGUAGGGCAUGGAGGGCAGAGAGAUGGCAAAGCGUCCGUGGGUGGAAAAACAGCAGAUCAGUUGUCUGAAGUCCUACUAAAGCUGAGGGAUCCCUCGUCCCCCCUGCACUGGUCAUCGGAUGUACGUAGGCUUGAGGAGAUUAGUAUAGUUUCUUGUGACAUUGGAGCAGGAAAACAAGGUGAAACAUUUGCCAAGGAGUUUUUGUUGGGCCUGAGAGAAGGACGACUCGCUGUCGGAUCAGUCACCAUUCGCACCACAAAGGCCGUAGUGCAGGAAGAUGGAAGCAAAGUGACGGUUGAUUUAGAUGACCCCGAGCUGUGGAGCAAACAUAAUCCAGCUCACAAGCGGAAGUUCUACCUGGGGGAGGAUGGCAAUCUCAGAGAGGUGAGCGAUUCUAGAGGGAGAAGCCCGGAGUGGAUAGAGGGCGAGAGAAUUGCCAUGGAGUACAACCCACUGGCCCCACGGCCGAUAGAUAAUAGGCCUCUAUAUUACCAAGAAAACAGGGUCGUCUACAGAAUUCCAGAUGAAUAUAUUACACAGUUUAUGGAGGGGAGGAUGACAGAAAUAUUUAGUCAAGGAAUGAAUACACAGCUGAAGGAAAACACGAUGGAUGUAUAUCACACAGAUCGUAACACAGGAAAUAUACUACAGGAAACGCUUGACGUUCGAACUGUAGCAGGUCUAGAUAAUUUACUGGACAAUAUUAAGGAUAUCAUACAAACUUCUAACAAUAUAAGACGAGAAAGCCUGGAAACAAGGAAGGAAAUGUUACAGAAAUACGGAAUAAUGAUAGACCAGAACACGGAUUUGGCAGAUACAUGGAGACAAAUCCAAAACAACAGAAACAUAAGAGAUCUGAGAAUACUUUUUAAUACAGUUCAGAACAAUCUAGAAAAUUCUGUGAAGUAUUAUAGCUUCAAAGAUUACAUCUACAGCAUAAACAUGAAAGACUUCUAUGUAAGGCUACAUGGAGCAACGGAUAGACAUCUAUUAGAUAACAAUUUUGCAGACCUUAAAGAGAAUAGUCAUGUUUCAUAUGAUUUAUUCAAAAACAUGAGAAAUGAGAGAACUUUUGGGAAAAUGGCAAACCAGUGGGUCAGUGGUGAGCAUGGGGAGAUCGGCGAGAUUAAUGGUUACGAUGGGAUGGCUGUUAUUGCCACUCAUAUUUCUGAGGUUGUUCGUAAUGCAGAAAUGUUCAUCACAAAUCGCUUGUUGUGGGAUCUUGUGCCUUCAUGGAAUACCUUUCGUAAUUUGCACCCGAUGACAAGAGGUUUGACGUGGACAGGGAACAAUGCAGCUAUAGGGAUGCGCUUUGAGACUGCUGAUCAGAACAUGAAAGAACAAGUUUCACAAAGGACUAUCUCCAUAAUGAAGAGGUGGAUAACUCGAAAAUUCAGGGAUAGAUAUUUUCGCACCGAUGCUUCAAAGAAAUCAAAAGAUAUGUCAGCAAGUGAAGUUGGAAGACUAAUGGGAGCUAUAAGUGAGGAACUUCCACUAAAUGAUCUGAACAUUGAUGCUCUCUACACAAUGCCAAACAUGUUAUCAGAAGAUGUUACAAGGGGACUUCAAACACUAGAAGAGACAGGGGGAGGAAAGAGUUUACAGACAGAACUCCAAUUAAAGAUGAUGGAAGACAGACAAGAAUUUGCUGAGAAAAUAAACCAUAAAAUAAAGGAACAAUCUCCUGAAGACCUCGCCAAAUAUCAGAAGGUGAAGUCACUAGAGAGAUCGGAAGGUGGUGUCAAGAUAAUAUUACAGAGUAAACUGAAUCCCUCUGAGACUAAGGAGAUUUUAAUGCCGGAUGAAAAAAGUCCUUUGAAGUCCGAAGAGCUCAUACAUUCCUAUUUUAAUGAUAUCCCCCCAGUUUCCAGCAAGAUCAACCAGGGUCUGGGAAUCUAUGGUACUCUAAUGGGCUUCCAAUCUGCAAAUCAGAUGUUUGCUGAAGGGAAAGACUGGGAGGGGGGGGUCAUGCUUGCUCAGGGGGUUCACGGUGUAACCGAACUGACUGGUGUUAAUGCAGCGGUGAAUGACUUUGUUAGCGCUACUGCUAAGACUGCAGUUUCCAAGAUCUCUGUGCUUGGGCUUGAGGAAGCCACAGAAACGCAAAUCACUGGCACUCUGGCUAAAGCUGGCGAAGUAGCUGAGAUGAUCCCUCUGCUUUCAGUAGGAUUCACUGUAUUUAACAUAUAUGAAGAUCUGCAUCAAAACACUCCGAUUGGGAUAGCAGAUGCAGUUCUGGAUGGAGUAAUAUUUCUCACAGCUCUGGGGGGUCCUGAAUUGCUACCAGUCACUGUAGCUUUGAGUAUAGUCCGUCUACUACUUGAUCCACUGUACAAUGAAAUCAAACAUGAGCUAGACGUUCUACCUCCUGAUGCCAACACAGGGGAGAAAUUUGUGGCUGUUAUUAAAGGGACUGGCUUAGCCCUGAAAGAUGUCUCAAACAGCUUUGUAGAAAUAUAUGAGCAGAUAUCUUUUAUUGGACUGUUCUAUAAUAUUCACAAUCUUGAAACGGAACACAGGCAGAGCAUGGACACAGUGCACCAACUGCAAACUGCUGAGAACUACUUCAAGAUCUUAGAUGAGCAGCAAGAUGGUAAAUGCCACAAACUAAUAGACUUCACUAAAGGGGAGGAUUCUGCCUAUGGAGGAAACUUGCGCAUUGAGCUGACAGAUCACAGUUCAAUGGUCAUCACACUCCAUGAUCCCAUCACAUCCAACAGAAUCACAAAAGAAAUAUACUUUGAAAAGGACUGUGAAUCGGUGGACCUAGUUAUGGGGAUCGGGGAAGCUGUGAAUAUUCAAAUGAAGCAGAAAUCAGCCACUGUCUUGUGGUUCAUUCCUGUAAGAAAGGAGAGCGUCAUUUCUUCCAUUACUCAGGACAUCGCAACACUGUAUGGCACUUACUUGGGUAAUGCCAAACCCAAUCGCUUCUAUGCUGUGCAACAAAACAUAAUCAAAGGUCUUUCAUACACCCUGGAUAAAUAUCACUAUGAGCUCUAUGGCAAAGAUGGCAAUGAUAUCUUUUUCUUAGGGCCACAGAACACUUUUGUCCAUGGUGGCAAUGGCCAAGAUAUUUACUAUAUCCCACAGGAUGGAGGGAUAACGGAAAUCUGCAAUCAGGCAGAUGAUAAAGCCAUGGACCUUUUACUCUUUAACAAUACCUUUCAGCAAAUACGGGCAAGGAAAACCGGCAACAAUCUUAAGAUUUUCAACAACAACUUGCAUCUAGUUCUGAUUAAAGACUGGUUCCUUGGAGAAGAAUACAGGCAUAUGAAAUUUAAGAGCUCAGAAGGGAUUUUGUUUGAUGUUGGACAAGUUACGGGGAAAGGAAUUGUGGCUUUAUCCCCUACUGUUUUGGAUUUCUCAAAGAAACAUUCGAAGGUAGAAGUUAACCUGCAAAAUCCAACAUGGAAGACAGUAGUCACAGUGGUAGGAACUGACUAUGAUGACGUUAUAAAUGGAAACCAGCUAAAUAAUGUCAUUCAGGGUCGGGGUGGUGUCAACCACCUCUCUGGACGCGAAGGUAAAGACAUGUAUAUAAUACAGGAUAAAGGAGGCUGUGACACCAUUGAUAACUUUGCAGAUGAUGGCCUAAUUGACAUGGUAGAACUGCCUGUGGACUACGUCACUCUGAGAGUUGAUAUUGCUCCACCCCAGUCUCUGAAAAUAUGGGAUUCCAGUGGGAGAACAUGUGUUAUCAUCAAGGACUGGAAGAGAGGUUGGCAGUGGCAGCACAUCGUAUUCAAAACCAAAGACUUUGUGAUGUUCCAGGUCUCCAACACAUCAGCGGAGCCACAGCUCAGCCCACUGAUAUUAGACUACAGUGAUUCGAAGAAAGGUAUAAACAUUGAUUUACAGACCAUUCCAGGAAAUGAGCAUAUAAUGACUGUGAUCGGAUCCCCAUAUUAUGAUAUUAUAACAGGAAAUAAAAAAUCCAACUUCAUUCAAACAGGAAAAGGUGGAGGCAAGGUAACAGGAGGAGAUGGAAGCGACAUAUAUGUUAUAGGGUGUGACAGUGCAUCCUUUAAUUUGGAGAUAAAUAACUAUGCAGAAGAUGGUGCCACUGAUUUACUUUAUGUUAACAGGAAUUACAACACUUUGCAUUUUUCUGAUGAUAAUACUGACCUCAGAAUCAGUAGUAAAUCAUACCGUGCUUUACAUCAUACUGAUCCCAAUGCUGAUAUCGAAACCAGUAGUGAAUCAUUUUGCAAUAUUCAACUACACAGCUGGUUCACAUCAGAAAGUUUCAGACAUUUAAAAAUACACACAGAGGAUGGAAUAACCUUCAGUUUGCCCAGUGGAACAGAACCUGUGGUACAUGCUGUUGACAACUCCAGAGACACGCUACCUAUAAAUGUUAUUGACACUAAGUCCGGUAUAUAUGCUGGGGCAAGCAACAUAAUGGGUCCUCCUAGAAUGAUAGAAAUCUAUGGGAAUGCAAAAGACAAUUAUAUUGACCCAGGAACAAACGGAGCAUCAAUGAUGGGUGAAGAGGGCAGCGACACCUACGUAUUGAGGAAACACUAUGAAGGCACCUAUGAAAUUAACAAUUUUGCAACUGACCACAAAGUAGAUUAUCUCAAACUUGAUGUAGACUUUAAAGCUAUACAAUACACACAAAUACCUGAAAAGUAUUUUUUACCUAAAAAAGACCUACUUCUGACUGCUCCAUCAGUUGCCAAAUGGCGUUGCCGGCUUUCAAAUUAUAAAACAAUAUCCAAUUACAGACAUUUGAUAGUGCAGACCAACGAUGUGUUCUUCACUUUCUCAGAUGACACAUUUGAGAUCCAACCAAUGUUCAUAGACAAGAGAUUUUUCCCUAAUGAAUUACAUCUUGAUCUAACAUCUCAGAUUUUCCGUUCUGUACCCAUAGUGUACGGGUCUCUCCAGAAAAGAAACUUUAUUUCUGGAAAUACGCUGAAUAACACAAUUAUAGGGGGUAAGAACACGGAUGUAUUGUUUGGCCUAGAAGGGAAUGAUGUUCUCCAAGGGUCUGAUGGCAAAGAUUAUCUUUCAGGAGGACCUGGAGAUGAUCAAAUCCACGGAGGUAAAGGAAAUGACCUAAUCUUGGGUGGUGAAGGGGAUGACGUUAUCUAUGCGGGCCAGGGGGCUGACACAAUUUAUGGAGGACCAGGAUCAGAUACCUUACUGUUUGUUGGAGACUUUAGCAAUAAAACUGGAGUUUUCAUAAAUUUGGAUAUUGGCUACGGAGCUGGUGGGGAUGCAGAAGGCGACCUUUACUUUGGAAUGGAAAAUGUACUGGGUACCAGUUAUGAUGACAUUGUGGUAGGCAAUGAUGAUAACAACUACUUAAGUGGUGGAGGAGGCAAUGAUCUUAUUCAGCCAAUGGGUGGACACGAUGCCCUUCAUGGAGGAGAAGGAGAAGAUGUGUAUUGUCUUAUCGGUGCUACUGGUAUGAAAAUGAUUGACAACUUUGCUACUGAUGUAAAAGAUGAUCAGAUUUAUAUUGAAGAUUCCGGUGACAUAUUGGGAUUUUCUCAAAACAAAUCAAGUAAUGACCUUGACAUAAUCUUUGUGUAUAAAAAUAAAUCUGACGAAGGGCUUGGCAUUAUUGUGAAAAACUGGUUCAUCUCAGAAAAACACAGACAUCUUCAUUUGAAAAUGUGUAAGCCGUUUAUAAAAGAUUGUUUGCAUUUCAAUCUUGUAAGCACCAGUUACACUGGACCUUGGCCCCAUUAUACACAAUUUUAUUCUUGAAAAAUCUAAAUAUAUAUAGGCCCCAAUAUGGCAUUUUCGAAAUGUCAAAAGUGCUACCAUUGACAAGUAAUGUAUAUAUAGCGUCAAGCAGACAAAAAGAUUUAGCUAAUGUGGUGCACAAAUGAAAGAUACAGUACAUUAAACAUUAAAAAUAUUUACAAUUUAAAAGUUUAGAACCAUAGGUUAAAAGUUAAAACCAGUAAAAUAGGACAAAGAAAUCUAGAAGUGUGUGAAUAGAUUGAAAAAAAUGUGAUUAAAAUCUGCAAUGUACAGUAUGUCCACUUGAAUGUCCUAUUAAUAAAGUUUUACUUAUGAGAAAA